ACAGCAGGCUAGAGAAAGAAGUUUCUCCCAUGCUUUCUAGGCAUGGGUCAAAGCAGUUUCUAGUUUGCCCCUCUGCUUUCCCUGGGAAAACCCACUGAAUUAGGAACAAAUGUCAAUCCUCAGAAAAACUAAUUGAUCUUUUCCUCAAUUCAGCUGCAAACAGCAAGCAGAGGUGGGUGUGACCCCCAAGUGGGUCCCUGGGGUCGGGUCUGCCCUAAAGUGCUUCCCUGAUGGCACUAUGGAUAGAAGGAGGGGAAGAGCCAGGGGUCCAAUGCAGAAAGUAAAAAAAGAAUUCUUUGUCUGCAUCCUGAAGAAAAUGGGUGUGGAGGAACAUUCAUACAAAGUUCAAAGCUAUCACUUAUUAACCAAGCAAUGCCACAUUUAUGAUAGCUGAUAAAAAGACCUGUUCAGGGGGGGAAACAAGGCUUUGUUUUAUACAAUUAUAAAUAUAUGCCAAAGGCCUGUUUUUUCUUAUUCUUUUUGAAAAAGAGCUGUUCAUGUUUGGGGUGAGAUGAGGUGGUGAGCAAAUGGUUGUUCUGUUAGGAGGAGAGAAGAUGGAGGGGGAGAAGGAAGCUGAGCUCUCCCAGCAGAAGAAAAGAACAGUUGCAAGUUGUCGUCACAGCUGUACAAAGUGCACACCCUUUGCCCCUCCCUAAAGAAAGGGGAAGGAGACAGGAGCAGGAACAGCCGGGAAGAAGGAAAGGCAACCCCAUAACUUCUUCUUGAUCAAGUACACCAUCUCCCUGCCCACAACAGAAGCUAGUCUGGGGUGAGUAUCUGACAACCAAACCCCACUGCAUGUUCCCAGGCUGCCCUUGGCCAAAGCAGGUCUAUUUUCAUUCAGUUCCCAAUGUGUAUAGAAGAGCCUUUUAACCGUUCCUCUUCCUUGCCUUCCCCCACCAUUCAGCUGAAAUUCAAGCACCUAUGGGAAUGCUGUUAGCUCUUGGAGAGGAGCUCCCAUGGGUGUCAAUGGAUGUCUUGGCUGGGCACCCAAAGGAGGGCUUGGAGCCCUGCAAUGGCUUCUGUCCUUGUCUGUCACCUUGGUGCCAUUCCUGGGCCACUCUUGAUGCAGUGCCAGGAAAGUGGACCUGCACAUGAAUGUGAGAUUAUGUCCCACUCAGUGACUGAGGGACCUCUCCAUAUUUCAUGGAGCUCCAUUAUUCUUUCUGCUGAAUAGUGAAUACAUGAAGCAGGCAAACAUUUCUGAAAAGGCAUUUGUUCCCCUCCUAAGUUCAUUCCCCUCCUGCUGCCUCUCAUCUCAACAAAGCCACAGACUCUUCCUCUAUCAUGGCCUCAUCCUCAUCCACGGAUGUGGGAGAAGAAGCCACAUGCCCCAUCUGCAGGGAGUAUCUGACAGACCCUGUGACCUUGGACUGUGGCCACAACUUCUGCCGGGACUGCAUUGUAAAGUAUUGUGACACAUGGGAACCAAUGCAGGUGGGGGACUUGGAGUGUCCUGUCUGCAAAGCCCGAAUGCAGAGAGGGAGUUUCCGCCCCAAUUGGCAGCUGGCCAAUAUAGUGGAAAAAAUUAAACUCCUGUCACCAAAUAAAGGGGAUCUGUGUAAGGGACACAAGGAAAAACUCCACCUCUUCUGUAAAGAAGAUGAAGAAUUGGUGUGUUUCGUUUGUGAGCGAUCCCCAGAACAUAAAUCUCACAUUGUGGUUCUCAAGGAAGAGGCUGCCCAGGAAUACAAGAUUUUGUUUCCUCUUCAGACAAUCAUCUGUCGUCACCUGGAGCAUCUGAGGAAAGAGAGAGAGAAAAUUCUGGCUUACGAAGCAAACAUGGGAAAGGAAAGCAACAACCUGUUUAAAUUAACAGAAACUGAGAGGCAGAAUACACUGGAGAGGUUCAAACAACUGCACCAGUUUCUGGAAGAAGAAGAAAAGCGUCUGCUGAAUGAAAUAGAAGAGAUGGAGAAGGAGAUCACAAGAAGAAGGGAGGAGCAGCUGGCUAGACUCUCUGAGAAACUCUCCUCUCUUGAAAGGAGCAUCCGGGAGAUGGAGGAGAAGAGUCAGCAGCCAGCGAGUGAACUCCUGCAGGAUGUGAGAAGCACCUUGCAGAGGUGUCAGCUAAGGGAAACAUUUAAGAAUCCAAUGGAUUUCCUAUCAAAGUUGAAGAGGCGGAUCUCAAAUUUCCACGUUAAACAUCCCAUUCUGUAUUUUGGGAUGAAGGAAAUCAAAGAUGCUCUAUCAUUCGGAAGACAUCCUCAGAAAGCAAAUGUCACUCUGGAUCCAGACACAGCCCAUCCCAGGCUCAUUCUGUCCGAGGAUCGGAAAAGUGUGAGAUAUGGAGCCAAACUGCAAGACCUGCCUGACAAUCCUGAGAGAUUCAGUGACGUGCCUUGUGUGUUGGGAUGUGAGGGAUUCACAGCAGGCAGACAUUUCUGGGAAGUCACUAUGGAAAGUGGGGGGUGGUGGGCUCUGGGGGUUGCCAGGAAGUCUGUGAGGAGAAAGGGUAAUCUCACCUCUUUCUGGUCACGUUUAGUAAUGCAUGCUUCCUUAACUGACUUAGGUUCUGAGGGAGGGAUCUGGGCUGUGAAGAAGUCAGGAGGUGAGUACUUUGCCUUCACCUCCCCUGAUUCCUCUCCUCUGUCCCUGAGUGAGGAGCCCAAGAGGAUCCGAGUGACUCUGGACUAUGAAGUGGGACGUGUGUCUUUUUCUGAUGCUGACUCAGGAGACGAACUCCACACAUUCUCAGGGGCCUCGUUCUCCAGAGAGACCCUCCUCCCUUUCUUUUAUCUGGGGGGAAAUAAAACCCACCUCAGUAUCUCCUGAGGAGACGAAAUUUGCCUCUCAGACCCAGUUGGAGUUUCUCUCCACACCAGAAUGACUGAGAUGAAAACAUUUGCCAGUUUUGAUCUGUUUGCAGAGAACCUUUGAGAGAAGUCACAAUCAGCAGAAAUAAGAAAAGAAACAAAACUUGGGAUUUUCUCUUUCCUUCCCUUUCCUAGAAUUUCCUCUGCAGCUGAGUCC